AUGAAAAUCCACGAUCAGUUGAGAAACGAAGAGGCGCGGCACGCCGCUUGGGAGGCUGGGAAAGGAGCCCUUGUUGGUGCCGCCAAAUGGGGAGCAGGAACAGCUGUGCUGGGUGCCAUUGGCUACGCGUGCUCACCGAUUUAUCGUGGGACAACGGUUCAAUUCAAAGUAUAUCUCCAGAUGUCUGGUAUGGUGCUGGGGGGCAUGAUCGAAGCCGAUUGGCGGCUGAGGCAGUACGAAUGCCAGAUGCGGAUGCAACGGAGAUGGAUGAGAGAAAGGGCAAAGUGGGAGAGGUUUGAGGAAGAGUUUGGAAAGAAUGAGGGCGGAAAGUGA